AUGGCACCGCUGCUGAGUCCAUCAGUGGAAGGAGAGGAACUAUAUUUGUACCUAGCAGUAACCCCGCACGCCGUGAGCUCGGCAUUGAUAAGAGAGGAGGAUAAAGUGCAAAGACCUGUGUACUAUACAAGCAAGGCAUUGAAAGGAGCGGAAGGACGGUAUCCGCAAAUGGAGAAGUUGGCCUUCGCACUAAUCACAGCAUCACGGAAGCUGAGGCAUUAUUUCCAAGCACAUGUCAUUAAUGUUAUGACAGAUCAUCCUCUUAAAAAGGCAAUGAAUAGGCCGGAAGCUGCAGGACGAUUAAUCCAGUGGGCUGUGGAGCUAAGUGAGUUCGAUAUCAGGUAUCUACCAAGGCAUGCCAUUAAAGCUCAAGCCCUAGCAGAUUUUAUUGCGGAGUUUACCCCAAGUCAUAACGAAACAGAGGACAGUAAGAGAUGGAUCGUUCAUGUGGAUGGUUCGUCCACACGGCAUGCAGGAGGAAUUGGUGUGGUCCUGCAGUCCCCAGAGGGAGAUAAACUGAAACAUAAAGUCCGUCUACAGUACCAAGCGACAAACAAUGAAGUCGAAUAUGAAGCCCUCCUCAAAGGGCUAGAAUUGGCAAAGUCCGUGGAAGCAAAGUCCAUAUGUGUCAUGGGGGAUUCCCAACUGAUCAUGGGGCAAGUGAAUGGGAUGUAUGAGGCGAAGGAAGAACGAAUGAAGAAGUAUCUUGGUAGGGUGAUGCGCCUUGUGAAAAGGUUUGAAAAAGCUGACUUCGUUCAAAUCCCAAGGGAGGAGAACGUGGAAGCUGAUACUAUAGCUAAGGAGGCCUCAGCAGACGAAUCAUUAGAGAAGUCAGACGAAGUUCAAUAUGUGCCAAGUAUAGAUGCCCAGGAAGUACAGCAGGUUGAUAACAAAGAAAAUUGGAUGACUCCCAUUAUAUCCUAUUUGAAAGACGGACAACUACCAGAAGAAAAGGACGAGGCCAGAAAGGUGAGGGUGAGGUCAGCUAGAUACGUCCUUAUGAAUGGAGUUCUAUACAAGAGAGGUUUCUCUCAACCUUACCUUAGAUGUUUAGCUCCGGACGAAGCAAACUACGUGCUGAGAGAAGUUCAUGAAGGGGCAUGUGUGCCAGCGAUUCAGCAACGUCCCCAGGCAACCAUCGGAAUACCUCACCCCAAUGGUGGCACCGUGGCCCUUCGCACAAUGGGGACUGGACAUUUUGGGUCCCUUCCCUUUGGGAGUAAGGCAGAUGAAGUUUCUAGUGGUGGGCAUCGAUUACUUCACCAAAUGGGUGGAGGCAGAACCGUUGGCAAAUAUCACGCAACAGAAUGUGAAAAACUUCGUGUGGAAGAACAUCGUAUGCAGAUUUGGAGUGCCGAAGGUAUUGGUGUCUGA